CCCAGCCGGCACGUGAUGCCAACGAGUCGCCGGGCGCCAAAUUCAAACCGGGAACCGACCGCUCCGGCCAGCGGCGGCGGAGCCCGGAAGCGCCCGAGUUGCCGCCCCCGCCCCGUACCCCCGCCUGGCCGGGGAGGUGGAUUUGUUAUUGUCCCUUUCAAUGGAGUGUGGAUGUAUAGAUCAAUAAUGAGGACCAGCCCUCGCAGGCCCUUAAUUCUCAAAAGACGGAAACUGGCCCUCCCACAGAAGGAUGCAUCCAGUACUUCAGCAAGAAAUGAGAACAGUGGUCAAGAUGAAAAGACUCCUAAGCAGGAGCACAGCCAGGAGGACCAUCACAACAGCCAACCCAGAGACAAAAUGGACUGUGGUCUGCAGAAAUUCCCAGCAGGAAUAAAGAUAAUUGACCAUCCUACCAUGCCCAACACACAAGUGGUGGCCAUCCCUACAAACGCUGAUAUCCAGAGCAUCAUAGAAGCACUAACAGCAAAAGGAAAAGAAUGUGGCAACAAUGGGCCCAACAAGUUCAUUCUCAUCAGCAGUGGGGGCACGUCCCGUUCAACAGGUCCAACACCAUCGCAACAUCUCCCAUCAGAGAAGAAACCCAGUGCAGCAACCAAGGCUACAGAUGAUCAAGAAAGACAGAAGAAUGUUACAGACACCCCUGGUCUUGCAGGAGGGAUAACGCUCCAGCAUUCGGGAGCUGAUUCUGCAGUUGCACAGGAACAGGAGAGCAACAGCAGUGGCGAGACAAUGAGCUCAGUGUUGGACAAUAGUCUCACUAACAUCCAGUGGCUGGGGAAGAUGAGAUCUGAUGGGCUAAGUCCCUGUUCUGUGAAGCAAGACAUGGAGAAAGAGAACCAGAUGCCUCUGCAGGAAAGAAUCAAGACUGAAGAAGAUGCUCCUGCUGCUGCAAUUCCUGCUGCUGCAAUUCCUACUGCUGCCGCCGCUUCUUCAUGGCAAGAUUCAGUAUCGCAACGACCUCCUUACUCCUACAUGGCCAUGAUCCAGUUUGCCAUCAACAGCACUGAGAAGAAGCGUAUGACUCUGAAGGACAUCUAUACCUGGAUUGAGGAUCAUUUCCCAUAUUUUAAACAUGUGGCUAAGCCAGGCUGGAAGAACUCCAUUCGGCACAACCUGUCCCUUCAUGAUAUGUUUGUCCGUGAGACAUCUGCUAAUGGUAAAAUCUCAUUCUGGACUCUACACCCUGGUGCAAACCGUUGCCUAACAUUGGACCAGGUAUUUAAGCAGCCACUGGACUUGGGGUCACCAACAUCGCCUGAGCACUCUGAAUCACAGCAAAAGAGACAUCUUCCAGAUGCCCAGAAGAACAUGGGAAGCAACAGCAGCAGCAAAACUGAACCCCAGAAUUCACGCCGAAAGAUGAAGCCUUUGCUUCCUCGCAUCAACUCCUACCUGGUUCCAAUCCAGUUUCCUUUGAGUCAGCCUCUUGUCUUGCAGCCUUCUAUGAAGGUUCCUCUGUCCAUGGCACAGGGAUCAUCACUCAGCAACUCGGAGACUUCUUGGAGCAACAAGCGUGUGCGCAUUGCUCCAAAGAUGUCACUCUCUACAGAAGAGUCAUCCUCUUUACCCGUGGCUGCUGUCAAGGAGGAGAGUCAAUGUGAUGAAGGCUUAUUUUCCUCAACCCAUUCCCUAAAAGAGAGCAGCUCCCAGCCUGGUGAGGAAUCAGCUUCUUUCCCUGGGAGCAUCUGUAUAAAGGAGGAAGAAGGCUCUCAACUGGAUGACUGGCUGUCCCCAUCUGCCUCAGCCCUAACAGUAAAGGAAGAGUCAGGCUUGUUCCUUCCAGUCUCAUCCACAAAGGAGAAAAAACAAUUCACCAUGCUGAAGUCACCAUCUAAGGGUGUUUCUGACACAUUAGUUAUAAAGAGGCGGGAAAUGGGCAGAUCCAGAAGGAAACAACGCCUAGCACUGCCUUGCUCAGAAGAGCCUGUCCUUGUUUUGCCAGAAAACAAUGGCUUUGACCCUUUCCGGUUAGGGGUAGACCACCCCUUCCUGCAGGAAAGCCACCCUCUUGAGAACGUGUCACAGCUCAGCUUCUCGCAGGGGGAAGAAGGGCCCUUUAAAACACCUGUCAAGGAGACAUUCACCAAAUUGCCAGUUUCUUCCACACCCAGCAAAGCCUCAGCAGCUACUGCCUCCCCACUGGGGGGCCUUGACCCCUGGAAGUCUGCAUCCUUACCCAGGGGAAGUCAAGAGCUGGACUUCAGCCCAGUGAGAACCCUUCAGCUGCCGUUCUCGCCUCUCCAGGAGAACCAGGACUUGCUGGGUUUUAAUAGCACGCCCCUUAAAAAUCUCUUUUCUGAGUCACCUCGGGAACUGCUCAAUACAGAAUCCAGUGACGUGACACAUGCCCCCCUCAUGAGCUCUCCAGCUUUAAUUUGUGAGUCUACUAAGCAAUCAUCUGUUGAACUGCCAGCCUCUGGCUUUACUGAAAACCGGUCACUCAUGGAGGGCCUUAUCUUGGACACUAUGAAUGACAGUCUGAGCAAAAUCCUUCUAGAUAUCAGCUUUCCUGGUCUUGAGGAUGCAAACUUAGGAACAGACAUUAGUUGGUCUCAGCUUAUACCUGAACUGAAGUAAACUGGCCUGAUAAUUUAAUUUGGCCUGUUUCUGAUAUUACAGAGUCACAGAAUGGUUGGGGUUGGAAGGGACCUCUGGAGAUCAUCUCGUUCAAACCCCUGCUAAAGCAGGUUCACCUAAAGCAGAUUGCAGAGGGUCACAUCCAGGUGGGUUUUGAACAUCUCCAGAGAAAGAGAUUCCACAACCUCUCUGGGCAGCCAGUUCCAGUGCUCUGUCACCCUCAAUGUAAAGAAGUUCUUCCUCAUAUUCAGGUGGAACUUCUCGUGUUACAGUUUGUGCCUGUUACCCUUAUUCUGUCACUGGGCGCCACUGAAAGGAGGCUGGUCCCAUCCUCUCGAUACUUGCACUUGAGGCAUUUGUAGACAUUGGGAAGAUCCCCUCUGUCAUCUCUUUGCCAGGCUGAACAGGCCCAGCGAUCUCAGCCUUUCCUCCCAAGGGAGAUGUUCCAGUCCCCUAAGUCAGCUUUGUAGCCCUCCGCUGGACCCUCUCCAGUAGUUCCCUGUCUCUCUCGAACUGGGGAGCCCAGUGCUGGACACGGCACUCCAGAUGCAGCCUCACCAGGGCAGAGCAGAGGGGCAGGAUCACCUGCCCUGACCUGCUGGCCACGUUCCUCCUAACGCACCCUGGGAUCCCAUUGCCCUCCCUGGCCACCAGCACACACUGCUGGGCCAUGGGCAACUUGCUGCCCACCAGGACUCCCAGGUCCUUCUCCGCAGAGCCGCCCCCCAGCAGGCCAGCCCCAGCCUGUCCUGGUGCGUGGGGUUGUUCCCCCCCCAGGGGCAGGACCUCUGUUGAGCUUCAUCAGGUUCCUCUGUGCCCAGCCCUCCAGCCUGCCCAGGUCUCACUGAAGGCAGCGCAGCCUCCUGGUGUGUCAGCCACUCCUCCCAGCUUGGCAUCAUCUGCAAACUUGCUGAGGGUGCGCCCAGUCCCUUCAUCCAGGACACUGAUGAAGAAGUUGAACAGGACUGGACCCAGUACUGACCCCUGGGGAACACCAGUAGCUACCGGCCCCCAGCCAGACUGCACUGUUGAUCACAACCCUCUGAGCUCUGCCAUUCAGCCAGUUCUCAGCCCACCUCACUGUCUGCCCAUCUACCCCACGCUGCCUGCGCUUACCCGUGGGGGUGUUACGGGAGACAGUGUCAGAAGCCUCGCUGAGGUCAUGGUAUACAACAUCCACUGCUCUCUCCUCAUCUACCCAGCCAGUCACUCCAUCAUAGAAGGCCAUCUGGUUGGUUAGGCCUGAUUUCUCCUUGCUGACUUUCAGGAUGAGCUGUCCCAUCACAUUUCCAGGGAUGGAGGUAAGGCUGAGCGUCCUGUAGUCCUGAGUCCUCCUUGCCGUUUUUGAAGACUGGAGAGACUCUGACUUUCCUUCAGUACUCGGGCACCUCUCCUGUUCUCCAUGACCUUUGAAAGGUGAUGGAGAGUGGUUUGGCAAUAACGUCUGCCAGUUCCCGCAGCACUCGGGGAUGCAUCCCAUCGGGGCCCACGGAUUUGUGGGUGUCAGGUUUGCUUACAUGAUGUCUAAUGUGGUCCUCCAGAACCAAGGGAAAAUCUUCCUUUUCCCAGACUUUCUCUCUUGCCUCCAGGGUCUGGGAAACUGGCGAGCCAGCCUUGGCAGUGAAGAUGGAAGCAAAGAAGGCAUUCAGUAACUUUGCAGUCCCUAUGUCCUUCACCACCAGGGCACCCACCUCAUUCAGCAAGUGCACAUUUUCCCUAGUCAUCCUUUUCCUGCUGAUGUACUUGAAGAAGCCUUUCUUGUCCUUGACCUCCCUCACCACACGUAAUUCCAUAUAGACCUUGGCCUUCCUCAUCACCUCUCUGCACUCUGCUUUUCUGAGAUCCGUUCACAUAGUCUAAGACGACUGUCUGCUUUUGACUAAUUCCCACGUCCAGGGGAACAGAGGGCAUUGUUGACUCCUGCUAAGCUGGGAGACGGGCCCAUUGGCUGCUUUAAGCUCCCUUUAUAAGCUGCAAUAGACUUUAUGUGGAGCAAGAUAGAACCUCUCUUACCUUGUGCUAGUGAUGAGAGUCCCCGGAGAGAGGCUGUCGAGGGAACAUCUAGUUGGGCCUGAACAGCAUUUGCUGCUCAAGGUAUCGGAGGAAAUGGAUGCACCCCUCAGUUAUGGACAACAGGAAAGAGCCUGGGAACCUUCUCCCAGCUCCGUCCUUAUUUCCUUUCACUUUGUUCUCCUAUUACUUAGUAACUUCUGUGUAGGUUCAAUGGCUGUAAAUACUGUACAUUCCUUAAAUUAGCCCUUAAUUAUAAUAAUAAUAAUAAUUUUAUUCUUGUAGGGUUAUGGGAUCGUUUGGGCUGGUAAAGAGUUUCACUUGGAGUGUUGUCCUUGUGUUCCACAUCUCCUAUAUUAUUCUACUCUAGGUGAAAGCCCACAAUACUUUUUUUUUUAAAUUAUUAUUCUGUGACUUCAGAAACACAUUGGUCUAGGCUGUUCUGAAGGUUGCUGGGUCAAAGAUCUGAAAAAUCACCUCGCUGUGACUCAAGUCAAACUAAAACAGAUUAUCUGCAUUGCAGCAUAAAGUCUUGGUUUGGCUUCCUUUUCCCAGGCUGGAAUGGGGAAGAGCUUGGAUCAAGCUAUAUAGCUCUUCUGGUUCCAGCGUCCUAUUAUGUACCUAGAGGACUAGGUAAAGUCACUGUUGCAGUAAGAUGGUUAAAGCUACCCUCAUUACAAUCAUCAAUUGAAAAUGUAAAAAAGAACCUAUAAAGCAUAUGCUGAUAUUUCCACUGAAAAGACCUCUGGAAUCCCAAGGUGUGUUUCUCUUGGUGCAAUAGGAUAACUCAUCCCAAUUCUUUAUAACUCAUGUCAAAAAGAGGAAAUUGUCAUGGAAAAGACCGGAUUCUUCUGCUUACAGACAAACGAUGGUUCGUGUAUCUACGUACUCAAUAAAGGUUCUGUGGGAACACA